UCUGGUCGAAUCGUUCUUUCCGCUCUUGGCAGCCGUACCAGCCGUUCGAAUCCCGUCCGACUUCGGUGCCCGCGCCGUUUCAGCCAGCAGCAAUCAGUUCGGCAGGGAAACGUUGCAGCAGCAUCCCGGACGCUAUCACCACCGCGAACCGUCAACACGCACGACACCCUCCGACGACGACCUUGAACUCGUCGCAGUACCAACGACCGACAGAAUCACCGGCACGAGCGUCGGUUUCCCCUAGUUUAUUCGCAACCAGCGCAAUAGCUCCACCGGUAGAAAUUAUGCCUGAAGAGACGAAAUACGCGUACACCAAUGGGUUCGCGAACGGACAUGCAAACGGCGGAUUGCCGCCAGAAAGCCCGGACGGUGAAAUGUUCCUGUUCACUUCCGAGUCCGUCGGCGAAGGACAUCCAGAUAAAAUGUGCGAUCAGAUUAGUGAUGCUAUUUUGGAUGCACAUUUGCAACAAGAUCCUGAUGCUAAAGUUGCCUGUGAAACUGUAACCAAAACUGGAAUGGUAUUACUUUGUGGAGAAAUAACAUCCAAAGCUAAUGUGGACUAUCAGAAAGUAGUCAGAGACACAGUUAAACAUAUAGGAUAUGAUGAUUCGUCAAAAGGUUUUGAUUACAAGACAUGUUCGGUGAUGCUUGCUCUUGAUGAACAAUCACCAAAUAUUGCUGCUGGUGUGCAUAUCAACAGGCCUGCUGAGGAGGUUGGUGCUGGAGAUCAGGGCCUUAUGUUUGGCUAUGCUACUGAUGAAACUGAAGAAUGUAUGCCUUUAACUGUUGUAUUAGCUCACAAGCUUAAUGAGAAAGUAGCUGAACUCCGAAGAAAUGGAGUACUUUGGUGGGCACGUCCUGAUACAAAAACACAGGUUACAUGUGAAUACUGCUUGGUUGGUGGUGCUUGCAUUCCGCAAAGAGUUCAUACUGUUGUAAUAUCUGUUCAACAUUCUGAAAAAAUAACCCUAGAAAACUUAAGACAAGAAGUUAUGUCAAAAGUUGUUAAGACAGUGAUACCAUCCCAGUAUCUUGAUGAAAGAACAGUUUUCCACAUUAAUCCAUGCGGUAAUUUUGUUAUGGGUGGUCCUCAAUGUGAUGCGGGCUUGACUGGACGAAAAAUUAUUGUUGACACAUAUGGUGGCUGGGGAGCUCAUGGAGGUGGUGCAUUCUCGGGCAAAGAUUUUACUAAAGUUGAUCGAUCAGCUGCAUAUGCUGCUCGUUGGGUUGCUAAAUCUUUAGUUAAAUCUGGUCUUUGCAAACGUUGCCUUGUACAAGUUUCUUAUGCCAUUGGAGUAGCUGAACCAAUAUCAAUUACACUUUUCCAUUAUGGCACAUCUACUAAAUCUCAGAAGGAGUUGUUGAAAAUCGUUAAUAGUAAUUUUGAUUUAAGACCUGGAAAGAUCGUCAGGGACUUGAACUUACGGAAUCCAAUUUACCAAAAGACAAGCACCUAUGGACAUUUUGGACGCGACAUAUUUCCAUGGGAGAAACCCAAGAUUUUGGUCGACUAAUGAAGGCAGACUUCUUACACAGUGUGUAUGAUUUUAAAAAAAAGCAUAGAGUUUAAAUUUUUUUAACAUUAACGAAUCAAAUGUUGCCACCUGUUUUGUCGUAGUGUAAGAUACUCUAUUAAGUAUAUUAGAAUUUUCAUAGGUUUCCCAUUAUUUUUAAUCAAUUUAUAAAUUUUUCUUAAAAAAUUAGAUUUCUUAAAAAAAAUCGAAACUUAUUGCAUAUUACUGCAAAUAUUAUUGUAAUUAAUACGGUAAGUUAUGCAAUGUAAUAAAGAAAACUAUGUAUCAGACUUAAUUUACCUUAGGGUCUGUUAAAAUUAAAAAUUGAAAAUUGAACAUAGACACUUCACUUUAAUUAAUCAC